AUGCGCUCGUUCAACGGAUUCGUGUGCGAAAUCAACAAUACUCAUUUAAAGGUUGGACAAUAUUUGCUACCAUUUUUUUCAAUUUUUCCGACGCAUUUACAGAUCCUCGACCCGAUCCAUAACGUCGUCGAGGUGCCCGUCCAGAAAUCGAUCGAUUCCGUUCGAAUCGGAGACUACGUCGAGUACGCCGGACCCGCAGACAUUCUGAAACCGACAAUAUCGCCCGACUCAGCGAUCCUCGACGUUUCGGUUUCGGAAACCAACAAUAUAUUUAUAAAAACUGUGGCCGUCGCGCCGAUCGAUGCCCAUCUUCCGGCCGACAUUCUCAAGAGAUAUCGAAGGACCGUCUGGUCGCCGUACCUCCAGACCGUUCGCGAUCCUCAGCUCAUCUUUUUGAAGGCGAAUCCGAGAAUGGAGGCGGCCGAGGUGACCGUCAAAUUUGCGCCCGGUCCCGACGGAUUACACUUUGAAGUGGUCCGAGUCGGCGAGCUGAGGGCCACGUGGAAACCGGCCCUGGAGACGUUGGAUGCUGUGGGUUGUUUUUUUUUUCACUUUGAACUUUGACGGUCCAUAUCUCGAGAACCAAUGAUUAUUUCGAAAAGUGGUCAACUGAAAAAUUGUUGCAAAUUUUAUGCUUAACAACUUUGUAAUUGAUCAUUUUGCCUCAAAAUAUCUCAUUCUCAAGUUAUGCGCCUAGUUCUGAAGAUCACGCAUUUUAAAGCUUCAAUUUCUCAGCCCUGGCUCCAAGAGCUCUACGAUCGAGAGAUGGCGAAUCUUUGUCACCUGGGCCGCGCCUCUUUUGUGAGUUUUUGCAAAAAUCGCAAAACCUCACCGAAUAUUGUCAAUUUCAGAGACUGAACCAAGAGCAGAAACUGCCAGCAAACGCCUACCACACAUACGGCCUAGUCGUGGCCCGAUCCGUCCCAAAUCCCUAUCAUUUUUUGUCUAAAAACCCGGAAAAGUGCAGUUUGGUCUAUUGUCAAGAGAUUGGAGUCCUCAGAUCGAUGGAAGUUUCGAAUGUCAAGGUUGUGAGAGUCGAUAUUGUAUGACAACUAUUGUUUUUCGCCAUUUUUCAGACGGGCGAUUGGAUCGUCAUGACGGCAAAAGAUAGGCGGUACGAAAAUAAAGGAGGACAGGCGGGAAACCACUUUAAAACGGUGACCGCCACCAAAAUCAGCGUUUUGCAUGAAAAACCAGUGUAUACAAGAGUUGAGGGUGGACAAAUUGAGGUUUGGCACUUUAAACGAGUACGGUAGGGGUUAGAAGACGUCAUUUUGAUUCUAAAAAAUUUCUUGCGAAAUCUUGACAUCUAGUAGGCCAAUUUUGUAGUUGACAACUUUUUUCUGCGCUCACUCCCCGGGAUACUGUAGCGCUUGGAAGUUAGGGCUGAACAGCACAUGCUUCGAAUUGAUGCCAACUUCAAAGAGCUACAGUACCCCAGAAAGUGGUUGUAUCAAAAAGUUGUCAACUACAAAAAUGUAGUUUAGAAAAAGUACUUUAUUUUUGUAAUUGACCACUUUUUACUACACCCACUCCGAAAAGUACUAUAGCGCUUGGACCCCGUUCGCGGCCGUUGUUUUUGAACGCCAACUUCCAAGCGCUACAGUACCCCGGGGAGUGACCUUGGAAAAAAGUGAUCAACUGCAAAAAUAACGUACUAGAUGUGAACUUUUCGCAAAAAAAUUUCUAGACCAACAGGACGUCUCCGAACGCUACAAUACUCGUUUCAAUUAAACCGCUAUUGUAUGCCCACUUUUCAGUGUCUCACCUCGUUCAUCUACAAGCCGAACGACUUUGAAUCGCCGGAAAAUCGCAAAAUCUCGAAUAUCGAUCAACGUUCACUGGGAUUCACUAAAAAUGCGCACUUUUACGAUGCAAAUUUGGGCAAAAUCGAAAUUUAUCCGACCAUGAUCAAACAAAUUGUUGUGGUACGUAAAGUUUGACAAUAUUUGCUGAAAAACCGACAAUAUCUAUUUCAGACUAUUGAAAACCAUCGAAAAACGCUCGGCACCGAAGAGUUGUCGAAGCGAAAAGAUCGGAAAAUUCUGAUCGUCGUCAAAGUUCGACUUUUCACUCAUUUUCUCGCCAAAUACAAGUUGGAUCCGGCCGGAUCACUCUUUUUUGCUCAUUCCGUACAUUGUAUUCAAUAUCAUCUGGGCGGAGAGCAAAUUUGCGAACAACUCGAAGUUGGGCUCCAGAAUUUGAGCAUUUGA